AUGGCCGUCAAACCAGAAGAUGAUUUCCAGGGGUACAUGGAAAAUAUCGCCCAAAGAGAGGUAGAUGAGCGGGAAAUGGAAGAAAUGUUUGAGAGGCAUAGGGUCUGGCGUGAAACCACUUGGGGUGGAUUUGCAGUUCGACAGAUACAAGCUCUGGCGAAUCAUUUCGAGCCCUUCUUCCAAGCAGUGGCGGAUUCUAUGCGGGACGAGGAUUCGGCGGGAAGUAUACUGUUCAUGACGAUAAUACGCCUCUUGGUCAUCUUCAUUUCAAUUGCCAUGUUCUACUUGGCUGCCCACCUCGUCCAGACGUUUAUUGGGACCGAGUAUGUGGUGGAGGAGGAAGAAAUCGUUGUCAUUGAUGGCGAUGAGGAUGAAGUUGCUGACAAAAAUGAAAGAAGUUCGCGGGACAAAAAGGACAAGUGA